GUGCUCCACCUAAGUAUACCCACAACCGUUGGUGCUCGCCUGUUAAGUGACACAACCGAGGGGGAUGCUCACGAGUGGCACGAAGUCCUCGCAAUCGCAGCAUCUUAGGUCUUGGAAGUGGCUAGCGCAAUUACUUGGCAAGCACACUGUCCUUCGAUCGCCGCUCGUACAAAGAUUGCCGGUUGCUCACUAUGAUCAUAUUUAUCGAUUUCGGAUCUUGGUGUCGUGGUACAUUAUUACUCAAGCCUCAAAGGGGACUCAUAUCCCGUAUUCUUUGUACACCUAACAAGUUGGUUCCGUCCGCGUCUCAGUGCUCUAUAUAUUGUCAGCAAUCUCCUUCUACUCGGAGAGACUGAUUCAAGAGUUCUUCUCUCAGACAACGACGUUUGACCUGCGAAGCUCACCAUGGCUCGGAUAUUUUCUUUCCCGAUCAUCAUCCUAGCCCUCCUCAUCACUUCUUCGACAGCAAGCGUAUGCGGAACCACAGACUACGACCCCUCCAAAUACGUCUGCUGGUACUCGUCCUUCCUCUGCCCCUACACCAACGGCUCCCCCCUCUCAUACUGCAAUGGAGCCUGCUACUCCCCCUUCAUGUACCACUGUACCAACGGCACCCUCUACCUCAACACCAUCACCACCCUCCCCGUCUCCCUAACCAUCUCCAACCCCACGAUCCCCGAACUCAACGGCUAUCCUGUGCGCGCCUGCAGCCAGAAAUUCAAUACAGGCUACUACGGCCAGACGUGCACAUACUGCCCGAAAGACGUCGUGCCGAAGUGUCCCAACAGCACGACCACAGUCGUAUACCCAGAAGGCGGCUUGGACGUCGUCGUCCCCGGCGGCCAGCGCUGGUACGUCGACCCCAGCGGCGCGUUGGGCUUCACCCAGGCGCACUCGGCGUACAUCCCGCCUGGGUCUCAGGUGGACGGGUUCCAGGCCUACGAGUCUGGGGCGCUGGUGAAUUUGAAGAGCCCUUGGGGGUGGGUCGCGUGU